AUGCAAAAGCAGCUUAUGAGAUGUGUAAAAAGGUACUGUCUUUUUAACCAUUCUAGACUGAGCGUUGAAUUACAGCUUUUCCUCGAAGAUCCCUCCUUAGAUCAGGAUUGUGAAUUCUUAUGGCGAUUUGCGAAAGCCUGUAUAAUCUGGGCAAAUUCAAUGGAAAAAAAGAAUUCGCUGAGGAAAACAGUGAUCUUUGAGGGUCGAGGAUAUGCUCUUAAAGCAUACACUAUAAAUGAAAAUAGCUUUGAGGCACUUAGAUGGACUGCUGUUCUUACCGGAGCUGCAACAGAGUUUCUCGGUGUUCGAGAAAGGAUUCGAGAAGGAAAAGUUUUUACUGAUUAUUUGGACAGAGCAAUUGCUAUUGAACCGAAAGAAUUCACUUUGCUUCAUUUGCGGGGACGUUUUUCUUUCGAAGUUGCCAAUUUGAGUUGGCUUGAAAAAAAAGUGGCCAACACGUUGUUUUCUGGAGUUCCCGACUGUACGACAGAAGAUGCUUUGUCUGACUUUUUAGAGGCCGAAAAAUAUGCUCCUUUUGCUUGGGCUGAUAAUCUACUUUUUAUUGCCCGAUGUUAUGCCGUGAAAAAGGAAAAAAAGCUUGCAGCUGAUUAUAUAAAGAAGAUUGAGGCGAUGGACAAGUUGGAAGACGCAGUUGUUGAAGGUUUAAAGGAAGUACGAAAUAGUUUGGCGAAGAAAUGA